GUAGAAUGUACCAGGUGGGGACCUCUCUCCAGCUUUCAAGGCAGUAUUCCCGCCUCCAGCACCAUGAAGCCAGGUGCUUCUUUGGUACCGCCCCCAUUCCACACUGGAGGCCCCACCCACGCUUACGUCACGGACAGUCUAUCCCCGCCCCUUCCGUGACGCCACGGCGGAGCCACCGCCCCCGGGCUACCAAGCUCACCGGGGCAGCGGGACGCGCGGAGCGCCCGGCACGGCCAUGCGGGGCCAGAGUGUGACCGCGACCACGACCGCAACCACUAGCCUGAGCGCGACCCCUGGUGUGGCGCGGCUCCCCCGGCGGAGGCGGCGGGCGCGGGGCGCGCUCUGAGGCCCGGGGGAUGCGCGGCCGCGGCCAUGGGCGCCGCGGCCUCCAGAAGGAGGGCGCUGAGGAGCGAGGCCGUGUCCUCGGUGGCGGCCAAAGUGCGCGCAGCUCGAGCCUUUGGGGAGUACCUGUCCCAGAGUCACCCUGAGAGCCGCAACGGGGCAGACCACCUGCUGGCUGACGCCUACUCUGGCCACGACGGGUCCCCUGAGAUGCAGCCAGCCCCCCAGAACAAGCGCCGCCUGUCUGUCGUCUCCAAUGGCCGCUACGAGGGCAGUCUCUCGGAUGAGGCUGUUGGUGGUGGGAAGGCAGCUGCAGAGGCGCCCAAGCCCCGUGUGUACACCAUCUCUGGGGAGCCAGCUCUGCUGCCCGGUCCUGAGGCUGAGGCCAUUGAGCUAGCAGUGGUGAAAGGACAGCGGCAGCGGGAGCGGGAACGGCACUCUCACCACCACAGCCAGCCUCUCCGUGCCAGCCCAGGCAGCAGCCGCGAGGACAUCAGCAGGUCCUGCCAGAGUUGGGGAGGCAGCCGCCAGGGCUCCAAAGAAUGUCCUGCAUGUGCCCAGCUGGCUCCUGGGCCCUCCCCACGGGCCUUUGGGCUGGACCAGCCAUCCCAGCCGGAGGCUUCUGGCCGCCGCAAGAAGCUGGAGAGGAUGUACAGUGUUGAUCGAGUGUCAGAUGAUGUCCCCAUCCGCACAUGGUUCCCCAAGGAGAACCUGUUCAGCUUCCAGACGGCAACCACAACUAUGCAAGCGGUGUUCAGGGGCUACGCGGAGAGGAAGCGCCGGAAACGGGAGAAUGAUUCCGCGUCCGUAAUCCAGAGGAACUUCCGCAAACACCUGCGCAUGGUCGGCAGUCGGCGGGUGAAGGCCCAGACGUUCGCUGAGCGGCGCGAGCGGAGCUUCAGCCGGUCCUGGAGCGACCCCACCCCCAUGAAAGCCGACACUUCCCACGACUCCCGAGACAGCAGCGACCUGCAGAGCUCACACUGCACGCUGGAUGAGGCCUGUGAGGACCUGGACUGGGAAGCGGAGAAGGGCCUCGAGGCCGCGGCCUGCAGCACCGAGGGCUUCCUGCCACCCAAGGUCAUGCUCAUCUCUUCCAAGGUGCCCAAAGCUGAGUACAUCCCCACCAUCAUCCGCAGGGACGACCCUUCCAUCAUUCCCAUCCUCUACGACCAUGAGCACGCAACCUUUGAAGACAUUCUGGAGGAGAUAGAGAAGAAGCUGAACGUGUAUCACAAGGGGGCCAAGAUCUGGAAGAUGCUGAUUUUCUGUCAGGUGGGGCCCAGGCUGCCCUUCAACCCAUGGAGGGAGGUGGGAGAAGGCAACUGGGUACCGCCCACAUUACGCCUCUUGUGGCUGGGCAGCGUCCUGACGCGGUAG